AUGGCGAAGAUCGAGCGGAGAACUGUAUCCGCCUAUACAAUCGACCACGACCAUUCUGCCAAGAGCGAAACGACUGAGAUGAAAAAGCCCAACGAACGCCUCAAUGUCCUCUACGAGAGGAACUGGACCCGGCUGGUCCACGAGCAGCUCAGGAAGUUCGAGUCGUCCAUCGUGGCCGCGGCCAGGCAGUCCUCGGAGACGCAGCCGCCCGAGUUGGCCAUGGACUCUAAGUGGACCUUCUCGGGUGCUCUGAUAUACUGCAUCACUUUAAUUACUACUAUAGGAUAUGGAAACGUCUCGCCCCGUACAGCUGCGGGCAGAGCAGCGACGGUGGCGUACGCUGCUGCUGGAGUGCCUUUGACCCUGGCCUGUCUAGCUGGCCUAGGAGCCUCGCUAGCCAGACUGGCCCGGCUGGCCUGGCUGAGGGCUACCAAAGGGAAAGUACCCAAUACAUGGCGGAAGGAUGGUGAGCUCGAAAACCACCUCCAACUCCACGAGCAGCAGCGCCUCCUGCCACAGCCAGCAGAGAACAACCAGUACACCUCGUUCCCUCCUCGAAGCCACAGAUCCCCCGGGACUGUGAGGGCCCGGGCCGGAGACAGAGGUCAAUAUUCGCAAGUAUUCGAGAGGGCCCCCACGAGCCCUCGGGCCGCCACGCUCGGUCGUAUCAAGCGCAGUGCCUUGGCUGAUGAGCCGCAUUCCUCCUCAGCUCUUCAAACGCAGACGUUGGAUCGCAAGAAGACGUUUGGGAGUAUGAAGUGUCUGGCCACAGUUCACGGGCCAGGUCGGGGCAGAGGCAGAAAUACCAUUCAGAGGCCGCGAGGUGCUGUGAUUGAGCAACUCAUAGCUGAAGAAUGUGGGGAGAUCCCGCUGCAUAGGAGUCAAGAGGAUUUAGACGAUUCUGAGGAUCCUGAUGAAUCAAUAUGUCCACACGACACGCCCUCCCGAGUGCCUUUGAUCUGGAACGACGAGAGCAAAUCCAAGAGUUGUGCAGUUCCCACCAGCAGCGCCUCGACCAGCGUGCAGCAUCACCACACCAUAGACCACUGUCACGUCCCCAUCGGCAUCGUGCUCUUCCUCCUCUUCGCCUACAUCUGUGUGGGCGCGGCCAUCUUCUCCGCUUGGGAGAACUGGUCCUUCCUCGACGCCGCUUACUUCUGCUUCAUCGCUCUCGCCACUAUCGGCUUCGGAGACUUCGUCCCCACCAGCUUCCUCACCUCCAAACAAAGCACGGAGACCUCCAAAAGCGAAUACAUCCAAAUGGUCGCCUGCUGUGCCUACCUCGUCUUCGGACUCAUCCUAAUAGCCAUGUCCUUCAGUCUCCUUCAAGAUGAAGUCGUGGCUAGGUGUACCCAGCUAGCCAAUAACCUGGGGCUGUCGAAACAAUGACAAUACGAGAAGAGCGACUGCAGCUCUACAGACAAUCAUCUCAGGAUGUUAUGAUCGUUGUUAUAAGGAACUUCAAUCCGUUUACACGGAACGUACUUCUUAAUAAUGGAAUUGUAUUUCAUGUUACCACUGUAUAAAAAAAAUAUUUUCUCAUAUUAUCAGCAUGAUUGAUCUUUAUGGGUGAAAUUGAAACUUUUUACGGAAUUUGUACUCGAAAUUGAAUGACGAUUGU